GACUGCCACCGUCGCAAUCAGAAGAGCAUGGCCGAGCCCCUCGCACCUGUACCGCUCGUGCGCGUCGAGGCCGAUGGCUCGUUCCACCUCGACGACGCCGCCGUCGCCAAGCUCGACAAGAUCAAGGGCAAGAUCGCCAUCGUCGCCGUCGCCGGCCUCUACCGCACGGGCAAGUCGUUCCUCCUCAACUUGCUCGUGAACGCGCAGAGCCCGGACGCGGUCGCGACCACGGGCCAUGGCUUUGCGGUUGGCGGCACCAUCAACGCGUGUACAAAAGGCAUUUGGAUGUGGGGCGAGCCGUUCGUCAUGGAGGACGGCACGUCGGUCAUCUUUCUCGAUACCGAAGGCAUUGGGUCGGUCGACCGCGAGCAGACGCACGACACGCGCCUCUUUGCCCUCGCGCUGCUCUUGGGUUCGUACUUUGUCUACAACAGCCGCGGCGUCAUCGAUGGCAACGCCGUCGAAGACCUCUCGCUCGUCGUGAACCUCUCCAAGCACAUCCAGACGUCGGCGACGUCGCAGACCAACCCGGGCGCGCUCCAUGAGUUUUUCCCAUCAUUUCUCUGGGUCGUGCGGGACUUUACGCUCCAGCUCCAAGACAAUGGCAAGGAAAUCACGUCCAAGCAGUACCUCGAGAACGCGCUCAAGCCGCAGGGCGGCUUCUCGGCCGACGUGGCGGCGCGGGACCAGAUCCGACUUCUCCUAUCCGACUUUUUCCGCGACCGCGACUGCGUGACGCUCGUGCGCCCCGUGGAAGACGAGGCGCAGCUCCGAAACUUGCCCAACGUCCCGUACGGCGAGCUCCGCGAAGAGUUCCGCACCAAGUUUGAAGCGAUGAAGAAGCGGCUGUUUGAAAAGGCGGCGCCCAAGUGCCUCUUUGGGAAGGCACUCAACGGCGCCAUGUUUACGAAUCUCGCCAAGUCGUACAUUGAGGCACUCAACAGCGGCAAGGCGCCGGUGAUUUCGAGUGCGUGGUCCCGCGUCGUGCAAGCGCAGUGCGAAGACGCGGUGGACGAAGCGGUCGAGCAGUACAAGAAGCAAAUGAACACGCGGGUCGCCGACUACAUCGAAGGCAAGGAGAACUUUAUCGACAUGCUCGAGAAUGAGGCCAACGACGCGAUCGAAGCGGCGUCCGACACGCAAAUCGUCAACGUCGGCGCGGGCACGGCGCAGUUUGAUGAGUUUGGCAACCUCAAGCGGUUUGUGCAGCCGCCGCCCGAGCCGCCGAGCGACCUCUUCGUGUCGGCGACGACCGUGGAGGACGCGGUGACGCCGCCGCCAGCGCCCAUCGUCAAGGAGGCCAUCUCGCUGCCGGCGCCGACAGCCGAUGUGGAUGCGAUCCACGCGCUGUGCUUGAGCCAUGCGGAAAAGGUGCUUCGGUCCGCCGACAUUGGCGAUCAAGCGGACAUGCAGUCGUUCAAACUGGCCUUUCGCGCGGCGACCAACAGCAUCCUCGACGUGUACAAGCAAAAGAACGCGGCUGCGUCCAUGAUCUACUGCAAGAAUCUGCUGCACUUUUUGACGGCGCACCACUUUAACCCGUUCAAGCAGCCCGAGUUUGACGCGCUGCAGUACUUUCAACGCACGUCGCACUACCUGUCCGAGCUCGACGUCGUGUACAAGGAGUACUGCCGCAUGGCGGUCGGCCCCUCCGCGGACGCGGCGUACUGCGCGUUCAUGAGCCAAAACGUCUUCAACCAAGUGAUCGAGUGGACCGAGGACACCAACAAGGCGCACGCGUCGGCCCUGAGCGCGCUCCAGAACGAUUUGAGUGCGAUUAGCCUCCAAGUCGCAAGUGCACAGGGCCAAGCCACGGCCAUGAAGGAGCUCGCACAGCAAGACAUUCUCAAGUCCGAGUCGAGUUUGAAGGAAGCCGAGCGCAAGUCCAAGGGCGAAGUCGACGCGCUCCGGGCGACGCUCGAGUACAAGACGCACGAGCUCGAGCACGUGCUCAACCACAAUGCGACGCUGCGUCGGCUCGCCGACACGGCGCAAGCGAGCAACUUUCGCGCCAACGAAGUCGCGACCAACAAGAGCCCGCAGCACUACGCCGGGUACCUCAUCAAGCAAGGACGCCCGAUGCCGAACGCGGCGCCCGGCCAGCGCGUCAAGUGGCAGCAGCGCUACUUUGUGCUCAACGGCCCGGCCUUGCGCUACUACAACACGAAGGAUGAUUUUGAACGCGCACGCUCGGAUGACCCGCCGAUCGACGUCUCGCGCGCGGUCAUUGAAGAGGACAAGGAGGUCCCGGAAGCCUUCUCGAUCGCGUUCCCCGACAACUCGCACUAUACGCUGCACUUGCACGCCAAGUCGACGUACGUCAAGGACGAGUGGAUCGAACAGCUCCUCAAGGUGCGCCGCAACCUCUCGUCCAGUGGUGCGGGUCGCACCGCGCCCACGUCCAAGUCGGCGUCGUCGAGCUACGCGUCGCGCGAGUUUUAAUGACUGCUUUGACGUCGCCGACCUACCAAUAUGAAGCGUAUUCGUCUAUUAGUCAUCAGCGG